UAGAAAAAGUUGUAAUAAAGUAAUCUGUGUUACAAAAAAAAAAAACAUUUUCGAUCUUGAACGUUCCACAAACUCCUUCAAAAUUCUCUCCUCAUUGUGGACCCCUGGAGGAGGAGGCGGUGGAGGAACCACCACCACUCCCAACACGGCGCCAGACAUUCCGCCCUCGAAGGCCAAGUUCAAGAUCACCGUCGUCAGCACGCCCAGCCCCUCCCCGCCGCCCACGCCACCUCCUGCUGGUUCUAUGCUCGCACAAAUGGUUGAAACCAACUCCCCGCCGUCGGGUUAUACGCUCAAGAGAUCGCCCAGCGAUCUUGGAGAGCAGCAGCAGCCACCACGGCAGAUCUCACGAUCCCCAGGCAACUCGGCCGCCUAUCACCUGACCACCGCCAUGCUCCUGAACUCCCAGCAAUGUGGCUACUUGGGUCAGCGAUUGCAAUCGGUGCUCCAGCAGCAACACGCCCACCAGCAAUCGCAGAGUCAGACCCCUUCCUCUGACGAUGGCAGCCAGUCGGGAGUCACUAUUCUGGAGGAGGACCGGAGAGGAGGAGCUGCCGCCGCAUCUCUAUUCACCAUCGACAGCAUUUUGGGCUCCAGGCAACAAGGUGGAGCAUCCGCUGCAAGCCAAGGCAACCACAUCAGCAGCAAUGGCAACCAAAAUGGACUGACCUCGAAUGGCAUCAGUUUAGGACUGAAGAGGAGUGGCGCCGAGUCCCCCGCCUCGCCCAACUCAAACUCCAGUUCCAGCGCAGCUGCCAGUCCCAUCCGACCGCAGAGGGUUCCUGCCAUGUUGCAGCAUCCUGGCCUGCAUCUGGGUCACCUGGCGGCUGCAGCAGCAAGCGGCUUCGCCGCCUCUCCCUCAGAUUUUCUAGUGGCGUACCCCAACUUCUAUCCAAACUACAUGCACGCGGCUGCGGUGGCGCAUGUGGCUGCCGCUCAGAUGCAGGCGCAUGUGAGCGGAGCAGCCGCAGGAUUGGCGGGUCACGGACACCACCCGCACCACCCCCACGGACAUCCGCACCACCCACAUCUGGGCGCACAUCAUCACGGCCACGGGCAGCACCACCUAGGACACCUGGGUCAUGGACCUCCGCCGAAGAGGAAGCGCCGCCAUCGCACCAUCUUCACGGAGGAGCAGUUGGAGCAACUGGAGGCCACCUUCGACAAGACCCACUAUCCGGAUGUGGUGCUGAGGGAGCAACUGGCUCUCAAGGUGGAUCUCAAAGAGGAAAGGGUUGAGGUGUGGUUCAAGAACCGUCGGGCCAAGUGGCGCAAGCAAAAACGCGAGGAGCAGGAGCGGCUGCGUAAGUUGCAGGAGGAGCAAUGCGGCAGCACCACCAACGGCACCACCAGCAGCACCAACAACAGCAGCAUCGGCACCACCACUGCCACCGGAAACGCAGUACCCGUGAAAUGCCCCGGAUCCGAUCACUACUCCGCGCAACUAGUCCACAUCAAGAGCGAUCCCAAUGGAUACAGCGAUGCCGACGAGUCCUCCGACCUGGAAGUGGCCUAAGCUGGACCUUGGCUGUUGUUGUAAAUACGGAUGGAUUACCAUAGGGCAUAGUAAUACUUUAAGGGCCAGUUGAUCAAUGUCUUACUUACUUAGAAGUCACUUAAAAUAAAAAUGUAUUUAUUUUUUAUCGCAUAGGGAAACCUAUGCAUAAGAUUUUGAAAUGAAACUUGAUUAUUGAGUUAACAAACCCAUUUAUUUAUUAAAUUGUUUUACGCGACUGAGUACUUAAAAUUAAAUAGUUCAAAGAGUAAGCUUAAAUUGACUUCUCGAUGUCGGCCCUUAGCUCAUAAGUUUUGUUUUGUAAAUAGACGAGAAGAACCCCCAUUUAUGAACCUUUUUUGUUACUAAGUUAUAAGUUGAAAGGGGAAAGAAACUAGACAAGUAUCUUAACUAUAUUUAGUAAAUCUGUACAGUCACUUAUUGUAUGUAAACAUCUAUGUGCGCGAAUGUCAUGUAUCAAACUAAGUGUGAAUGCGUUUUGUGGUAAUUGUUUCGUGUCCUGUGUCCAAGUCCAAAGUUUAUUGCAUCUACUAUAGAAACCUCCGAAGAAGAGUAUUGAUAAAUAAGUAAAGCAUACCAUACUACACACAAGCUAAGUGUCAUUCCUCCAUCGAAUAAUUCUAAUGUUAAAAAUAACUUAUUGAAAAUCGAGAAUAAAACAAAAACUUGCCAAAAGUCAAACGAAAA